AUGGAUCCGGAGUCGAGCCCCCCUACCGAGGCCACGCCGCCGAAGCAGUCGUCGACAUCGCCAUCACAGCAUUCGGCCGUCCCAUCCACAGCGGCGGGUACGACGACGACCACAACCACAGCGGGGCAGCUGAGUUUCCGAAGGCAACGAGCCUCAAGAGCGUGCGAGACAUGCCAUGCCCGCAAAGUCCGCUGCGAUGCCGCGAAUCUCGGCGUCCCCUGUACCAAUUGUGUCGCCUUUCAGAUCGAAUGUCGCAUCCCGCAGCCGAAACGAAAGAAGGCCCAGGCCAAUGCCUCGCAGUCCAGGGACUCAGACAGCGAACGAGGAGAGGAAGACAGAUCACCGCUUCCGCCUGGCACGGCCACGUUCCCGAGCGGGACCCGACCUCCAGCCGUCUAUCACACCCACGAGGGCACCCCUUCGACCGCCGGCAUAGAGGUUGAACAACAGAAAAAGGAGGAGUUUGAUAAGGCCACGCUCGCCAGCUACAUGGACCUCGUCAUGAAGCCCAAGUUCACAAGGGCACCCAUUACCGAGGCUGGAAGAGUCGCCUACUUGGGCGAGUCCUCCAAUCUAACCCUCUUAGUUCAUGACCGCCAGAACGAAGGGGAUGUGGUCCACUACCCGCUACCGGAAAACAUCAGGGGCUCAAGAGCGCGCUUGACUGAGUUGGACAAUGUCGAGAUCGAUAUUUUACACCACCGAGGCGCCUUUCUUCUUCCACCGCGGCUCCUUUGUGACGAGCUGAUCGACUCAUAUUUCAAAUGGAUACAUCCCAUCGUCCCGGUGAUCAACAAGACGAAAUUUAUGCGGCGUUACAGGGACCCGAAGAACCCCCCUUCGCUCCUCUUGCUCCAGGCUAUGAUGCUCGCCGGGUCGCGCGUCUGCACUAACCAGCAACUGAUGGAUGCGAACGGCUCAUCGACCCCGGCCGCCCUAACCUUCUACAAAAGAGCCAAGGCCCUAUACGACGCCAAUUAUGAGGACGAUCGGGUCACCAUAGUUCAGUCCCUUUUGCUCAUGGGUUGGUAUUGGGAGGGGCCUGAGGAUGUCACCAAGAACGUCUUCUACUGGACUCGGGUGGCGACAAUCGUUGCGCAAGGCUCGGGCAUGCAUCGCAGCGUCGAGGGGUCACAGCUUAGCAAGUCGGACAAGAGGCUAUGGAAGCGGAUUUGGUGGACUCUUUUCACGAGGGACCGGUCCGUCGCUGUCGCCCUGGGGCGGCCUUGCCAUAUCAACCUAGACGACUCGGACGUUGAGAUGUUGACCGAGGACGACUUCGUGGAGGACGAGCCGGAAGGAAAAAGCGAGUACCCGCCGGAUCCGAUUCACGUGCAGUUCUUCCUACAGUACGUCAAGCUUUGCGAGAUCAUGGGCCUCGUGCUCUCGCAGCAAUAUUCAGUCGCCGCAAAGGGGCGCAGACACAAUCCCAUCGACCUAACCCACAGCGAUAUGGCGCUUGCCGACUGGCUGCAGAAUUGCCCCAAGUUGGUAUAUUGGGAGGUGCCGAGGCACCACUUCUGGUCCGCCUUGCUCCAUUCAAACUACUACACCACCCUCUGCCUGCUUCAUCGGGCGCACAUGCCGCCGAGUGGCUCCCAGAGGUAUGGGGACGAUCACUAUCCGUCUCGAAACAUCGCCUUCCAAGCCGCCGGCAUGAUCACCUCCAUCAUCGAAAAUCUUUCCACUCGCCAGGAGCUUCGAUAUUGCCCAGCCUUUGUCGUGUAUAGCUUGUUUUCGGCCCUCAUCAUGCACGUCUAUCAAAUGAGAUCGCCGGUGCCAACUAUUCAACAAGUCACACAGGACCGGAUACGGACAUGCAUGAGCGCCCUGAAGGACGUGUCCAGAGUAUGGCUCGUGGGGAAGAUGGUCCAUACGCUUUUCGAGUCUAUUCUCGGGAACAAGGUGCUCGAGGAAAGGCUCCAGAAAGCCGCCGGGAAACGGCACCGCAAGGCACAGCAAAGCCUUUCCCAACUGGAGCAGCAUCGUUACGCUCAGGAGCAGAAGCGCAAGUACGACGAGAUGGCGAUCGACUUCAGCGUGAGCACACCCCAGCCGCAAGAAUCAUAUGAGCGCUCAAGACCACAGACACCAAGCAUGGCCUCCAAGAACGAACCGCCGGUUGGAGCGAUGCCGCCCCCCAACCACACAUCGCCGCACCCCCCGCGUAACAACGGCGACGCUUUCAUGGGAGGGACAGCCUCACGGCCGCAGACACGGCCGGCAACCCCUUUCAACCCGUCCUUCUCGGUACCAGGCACUCCUCCCGAUCUCUAUCUCGUCACGAGGAAUUCGCCGAACUUGUCACAGGCCGUUUGGGAGAACUUCCAGCCGGACCAGCUGUUCCCAGAGAGUGCUCACGCUCCACUAUUCCAACCGAUAUCACCUCAGCAAGCACAGCAGAACCUCGAUCAGCAGAUGAUGGCGCAGAUGCAAAAUCAGAACAUGCAAGGGCAGCCGAUGGACGGCAGUGGCCAAAACAUAUUUGGCCCGGCCUUACCUAAGCGGGGGAUGGACGCGAGCCCGAUGCAACAGAAUCCGAUGGUGCAGCAGGGCAUGGCUGGUUCUUUCCAGGGCCAGCAGAACCCAAACAUGUGGCAUGGGUUUGAGGUGCCCAUGGUCGACGGGCAGAGCCCGAGCGAUAGUUGGAGCACGGGCUCCGUGCACGGCCAGCCACCCGUGCCGGCGACCCUUAAUGUGGAAGACUGGUGA